CUUUUUAGGUCAAUGUCAAGUGAUAUGAAUGAGGAAUGUGUAAGAAUAAUGUAAAGUGUUUAUUGAUGUUUUAAAAUCGUUUUUGUUAAUGAAUAGAAUAAAUAGUAUACAUAAAAUAUGGCUUCUCUUAUACCUGAGAUACCACAUGACAAAUCAUAUCAUGUAUUUGUGUGUUAUGAAAAGAACUCAUUGGACGUUGUUCGGAUAAUUGUUGAUAAUUUAGAGAAAGAUGGUAUUAUGUGCUGUUACUAUGAUAGGGACUUCACACCUGGACGAUCAAUCAUUGAAAACAUGUAUGAAGCUAUUGGAAAAAGUAUGAACAUGCUGGUUGUUUUGUCAGAGGAGUUUGAAAAUAGUCCGUACUGUGUGGAUGAAAUGGACAAAGCGUUUAAUCUCAGAGUACGGGGAGAAUAUAAUCUGAUACCUAUUAAGAUAGAGCCAUGUUCAGUUCCUGAAUGUCUUCGGCAUCUUGUGUAUAUUGACGUGGAAGAUAGCAUUGAUACAGCACAUGUUAAAAUCAAAGAUGCCAUUUCAAAGAAAGACCUUCAGAUAGAAUUAAGAGAAGAAAAAAAUGGGGAGUAUGUACAGUUUGAGGUGCACAAAUACAAACUAUGCAUGCCGUCUUUCACUAGAUACAGACUGAAGUUUACGGAAACAGAGAGAGCAGUCAUUUGGAACAACCAAUUCGAGGUAUCAGCUGAACUCCUACAGGAAAUAGAAGACACUGUAAAUGGUUCUUUUUUCGUUAAGUACCUACACAUUUUUAAUCACCCAUACUCUGUCAUAUUCAUCAUUUUCCUCCAUCUAUUGAUAUUGCAAAUGAUCGUCUUCCUAGUUUUGCUGCUGACUACUGGAAGAGAGAAAGCCGACAGUUUCCAACCAGUGCAAUAUUGUCUUGCUGUUGGUUUACCGACUUGGCUGUUGCUCUUAUGCAUGAGCAUGCUCUUCUACUGCAUCAAGGACAAUCGCAGGUUUAAUGUUUUCUUAAAGACAUACAGUGUGUUGCAGACUAAACUUUGGAAUAUAAGUAAACAGAACAUCACACAAACAGGGGUGUUAUUCUUCCUCAACGUAUCGAAUAUAUUGUAUGAAUAUCCGAAUAUACGUUUCAACAUUAUGUACUACAACCUUAAGCCAUGUGAGGUUUACUUUGCAAGACAACUCGAGAAGAGGGAAUCACUGAAGAAAUUCCGCAUGGAAAACGAAACAAAUGAGGAAUGUACCUCUCGGCUGUUUAAUGAAUACUUGAGUCAGUCCUGUGCAGAACUGGUCGAUACAAGCACAACACGUAGACACAAAAUGAAAAACAACGCUAAAUGUGUGUGUCUUCUGGUCGAGGGGUGGUUGAAACAAAGCAAUUGAUAAAUUCCUCUGGACUUUUUACUGUCAAACUAGUUUCUGUUUAUCAAAUGCACAAUGACAUUAGAAGACAAAACAAGCACUGACUCCAGUUCAGCAUCCUGGAUCAAGCUAUAGUUAUGAUAAGCAUAAUGUAUUGCAUUUGAAUAUAUCUGAGUCUGCAAUUUUCACUGUUUGCCUUGUUCUCGGUGCUUCCGAGGGAUGUACUUUUUAGAUUUUAUUUGGUCUUUUGUAUUUCUUUAAAACUUCCCAUUAAAUUUAAUGAUGAUUAAUUUAAUGGUAAUGUUGAAUCAUUCUUGGAGUUAGGUUGGGACAGACACAAGGUCAUUUCUUUGACAUUUGAUUCACUUACUUUAUAAGUAUAACGUUUUGUUUAAAUUCUACUUCAUGAUGAGUUUUUUUACUGUAUUUCGUGUUACUUUAGUUUGAGACAUUUACUUAAAGUCUUGCACUGGAAUGAACAAAGAAAAUGUCAGUUAGCCGCAGCCUUAUGUAUUUUAUUCUUUACUCGUGUUACGUAAUUUGUACCGGGACUUAUAUUGAAAGCAGAGCCCAUUUUAUGAACUUGGAACAUAAUGAAUAUCUGUUUGAGAUUUAUACAGGGCUUCGAAAGUUUGCCAUUCUGGCAAUUAAUGUCAGAGCACUGUAUAUUUUGUCAUUUGACAGUUGUUGUACACAUUCCAUUGGUUAAAGUUUAUUCAUAAAAAUGUAACAAUAUUUUGACGGUUUGUUUUGUGUGGAAGUUUAUAACUAUAAUUAUUCUAUAUCUAUUCUAUCUAUCCAGUCGCGAACGUUCAUUUGCUACACGUGACCGUACAAAAAUCUUGUAUUUUCUGUAUUUGGACGCACGCGCGUACAAAAAAUCCUGUAUUUUCUGUAUUUGGACGGUUCAACAGUCCCAUGUUAAACAUACGAUAAAGCCUGAAACGCGUGAAAAUGUUCCGAAUGUAAAUCAGAUGAAGUAGGCGCUAAUAAACAUAUAUAUUUGCACUCAUACCAAGCUGGGAAACUACAGAAAAGGCAGGAAUACAAUAUUCAGUGAAACAUUUUUAAUUUAAACUAAGAUAAAAUUGAUAAAGAAUAAAAAGGUUAUUUAACAUUGUACUGUACAAGCCUAGCGGCUCGUCCAAUAUGGUUUUCUCAGCUUGGUACUCGUCCAAAUAUAUCUCCGUAUUGUACAGAACAAUGUUAAAUAACCUAAUAGUAAUCUUCACUUGCCAGUAAUUUGUGAAUAAAAUGACAUGAUUCUGAAUCAGUCAGACCCACUUUUAGCAGUAUCUAAUCAUGAAAAUGUGUGUUUGGUCAAUACAAUAUGUUUGCCAUAUAUACCGUUGCUUUGCAUUUUAAACAGGACUUUCUUAAUUGCUCACUUUAUCAAAUGCUUUUUUACAGUCUAAUAGGAUCAUGUCAAUCUGUUGUUGUUGUUUUUUGUACGCGGAUUUGACAAGGCCAUUUGCAGGCAUAACUAUUUGUAACACUGUUAUAUAGAUGGUAUUCCCAAUUAUGCUUUAUUUUAUCUUUUUAUAUUGAUGACUCAUUGUUUACUGUAAAGCCUGUCCUGGUUUUUAGACUUCAUGUUUGUCAAUAAGUUAUUUAUAUUCUAUGGUUUUCCAACAGGUCCUGUCACAAGUACUUAUGAACAUAUUGAUAACAUUAUCUUAAAAAUCAGUAUUAUUCUUGGUUUUCCCUGAAUCUUCCUUUUUAUUCUGUAAGAUACAUGAACGUGUUGAAACCUUCCAUGAUGCUUUAAAUAGGAAGCUGUGUGGGGACAGGACAAAACCAAAGUAAGAUUCCUAGUAUGAAAAUAUUACCAGUUUGGACAUUUAACAUUUGAUUGAUUUACAUUAAGAUUGUGGAUAAAAAUAUAUUUAAAGAGAGGAUUUAUGUGCUUUGAAUAUACUAAAUUCAGUUUGAAUUCUGUGUGAAAAAUUUGGAAUUGAUACUUGGAUUAAAAUUAAAAACCAGGACAGGACUUUGACUAUUUUUGUAUAUUAUUAUUCGAAUUUACGGCUAGCUAACAUUUUCAAGGAUCUGAAUUGUUUCUUUUCAAAAUAGAUUAUUAUUGUUAUUGUUGA